CGAUAGGUCCGGACAAAUAACGCCUCCUGCUAUCGAAAGUCGGGUCGUGCGUCAACGUUAGCGAAAAAUGCAAAAUUAAAUAUGUUGUGAGUAGCGAGCGAUGCCAAAUCGAAUAUGUUUUCCACUGCAUACAGAAAAAUAAACAAAUACAAGAAGCAUAAAAUAUGCAGAAAAUUAAAUACAAAAGGAGCCACUAAGUGUUUCGUGUGAAAUCAAUUUGAAGACCGCUCGUCGUCGUCGUCGUCGUCGCCGUACAUACUUUUCCGUUUCAAUUACACUACAAUGAAUAUUUGUUGAAACUUCGUUGCAUUUACAGACUGGUGUUUGAAAACAACAACAAGCAGAAACGUUAAAAACCAACAACAACAGCCCUCAUUCACACCGUAAACUAGAAGCAAAAAGGGAAAAUUACAUAUACAUAUAUAUAUAUAUAAAUAUAUAUUUAUAAAUAUAUAUGGAUAUAUAUCUACAUAUAUAAAUAGUAUCACAUUUACAUUAAAAGGAAGCCGAACAGACGUUAUCGUAACUUUUAUAUUACAAAGCACCAGUAAAAAUAUAUAACCAACUACACACGUUCCUUAAAACACAAAUGUUUUCCAAACCGCAAACCAACUAAAAACGAAAUGCUUUUGAAAUUAGUUUAAGAUAACUAAAACAACAAAAAACGUAAGACCAACCAACGCACCGCAACGCAAAGCAAAUCGCGUGAUUAAACUAAAACUAAAAAUAUUUAAAACAGACCGAACAUCGGCAGGGAACCAAAACAUAAAUAAAACACGAUCAAUCCGGAAGAACUUCAAUCGGCGUACUAAAACCCGACAUUCAAUAUUUUUUCUAUAACAUAGUGGUAGCUAAAACAAAUCGAGACGAUAACCGGAACAUCUUUUUGGAGAAUCUCGUCUGAAUACCUUUAGUCCCGUGUCUCCGUAAUGUUGUUAAAUGUUCUUGGAUCGUUCGAUGUGGUCUUUGUUCAUUAGUAGCCAUCACUCUCAGCCUCCGAGUCACCGAAAUCUGGUCAAGAACUUAGCGUAGACCCGUAACUAGCAAUAGCAAUAGCCAAAGAGAGCCUGGAUCGCAAGCGCGCUGGAGGUGGUCUGCAGAGCGAGCAAAGCCGAAGUACAAAUGCACCAAUCGAAACUGAAACAGAAUCUGUAACUUGGAACGGGUGUAUUCAGCGCCCGCCGCCACACAACCAAUUAGCUAGGUGUCAGAGGGUCCAGAGAAGGGAGUCCAGGAGACCAUCCCACCAUCCAAACAGCAUACAUUUUAUAUACGGAACGGCCUGUCGAGCGUAGUGGCAGCAGCACGCGAAAGCGUCUAUAAAUCUAGUUAGCAUGGAGUGCUGUUUAUCGGAGGAGGCCAAGGAACAAAAGCGCAUCAAUCAGGAAAUCGAGAAGCAGUUGCGCCGAGACAAGAGAGAUGCGCGCCGCGAGCUUAAACUGCUACUACUGGGCACUGGCGAGUCCGGGAAGUCCACAUUCAUCAAACAGAUGCGUAUUAUCCACGGCAGCGGUUACUCGGACGAGGACAAGCGUGGGUACAUCAAGCUGGUGUUUCAGAACAUAUUCAUGGCCAUGCAGUCAAUGAUCAAGGCCAUGGAUAUGCUGAAGAUUUCCUAUGGUCAGGGAGAGCAUAGUGAACUGGCCGAUCUGGUGAUGAGCAUCGAUUACGAGACCGUUACCACGUUCGAGGAUCCAUACUUGAAUGCCAUCAAAACGCUUUGGGACGAUGCUGGCAUCCAGGAGUGCUAUGAUCGUCGUAGGGAAUAUCAGCUGACUGAUUCAGCCAAAUAUUAUCUAAAGGAUCUCGAUCGUGUGGCUCAACCUGCAUAUUUACCCACUGAGCAAGACAUUUUAAGAGUUCGUGUGCCGACAACAGGGAUAAUUGAGUAUCCCUUUGAUUUAGAAGAAAUCAGAUUUAGAAUGGUGGACGUCGGAGGUCAGCGAUCCGAGAGAAGAAAGUGGAUUCAUUGCUUUGAGAAUGUGACAUCAAUUAUAUUUUUGGUAGCGCUAUCGGAGUACGAUCAAAUCUUGUUUGAAUCUGAUAAUGAGAAUCGAAUGGAGGAAUCUAAAGCUUUAUUUCGUACUAUAAUUACAUACCCUUGGUUUCAAAAUUCGUCAGUUAUUCUAUUCCUGAAUAAGAAGGACUUGUUGGAGGAGAAAAUAAUGUAUUCGCAUUUGGUAGACUAUUUUCCCGAAUACGAUGGUCCUCAGCGAGAUGCAAUAACGGCCCGAGAGUUUAUACUGCGAAUGUUUGUAGAUUUAAAUCCAGAUUCCGAAAAAAUUAUCUAUUCUCAUUUCACGUGUGCUACAGAUACGGAAAAUAUAAGGUUUGUGUUUGCAGCUGUGAAGGACACAAUUCUGCAAUCGAACCUUAAGGAAUAUAAUUUGGUCUAAACUGGAUUUGGAUCGAAAAACUAUUUUUGUGAUUUUUAUACAAACACACAUACACAUUCAUAUAAUUCCUUUUUCGCAUAUUUACUAAAUAUAAAAGAAGAAUUGAGAAGCGAGCGAAUGUGGCCGAAAAUUAGGCAUAAAUUAGACCCGAAAAAGUUUCUUACGUUUGUUACAUCAGGAACCGAAAAUUGUAGCAUAAAUAGAAUACUAAACUGAGAUGCUAAACCCGCAUCAACAGAAUGAUGGAAAAGAUGUAUACAUUUUAAUUUGAGAGAAAUAUAACACAAAAUCUGAUACAGCGUGACAACAAAUAAUCGGCGCAGAGUUUCUCGCUUUACCUUACGAAUAUGGCGAUUCGUAAAACAAUAAUUUUUAUUGCAAUAUUUGUAUUCUUUCCAACGGCAAAGUUUUCAGAAAACGUUGUGUGAUUUUAAUAGCGUUUCGAAAAGGAAAACUCUUGAAAGUCAAAAAGACAGUAGCCAGAAAUGAUUGGGAUCCAAUCGAUAGAGUUUUUGGUUAGAUUUGCACAAAUCGCCAGUUAUUUCGGAUUUAAGUCGGGAAGACUGAUGGGAGUUUUUCCUUCCUACACAAGAAACAUGAUUUCCUUGAAAGGUUUUUAUACAAAAUAUCGUCCGAGUUAGUUGUUGUCGCGCUGUAAUAUUUAAAUAAAUUUAUUACUAUAGUAACUUUUGUAAUAAAAUCCGAAACACAAAA